AUGGAAAAACUUAAAGGAAUCUUUGCUAGUGAAAUUCCAAUUUUAAAUCUUAAUUUGGCUCAUGUUCGGCAAUUUAAUGAGCAUUUAUACAAAAUUAUUAUUUCAUAUCCUGAUGAAGUUCUUACCUAUUUGGAUGCCACAAUUGAUGAAAUUUUUGAAAUGACAUACAACAAGAAAUUGCCUUCAAUUAUUGAGAUCCGUCCUUACAAUGCUGAACAGACAAAAACUAUGCGGGAUUUAAACCCUCAAGAUGUCGGUCAAUUAGUUACAAUUUGUGGAAUGGUUACACGAAUUUCACCAAUUAUUCCUGAAAUGAAAACUGGUUAUUUUCAAUGUGCUCUUUGCAAUGCUCCGGUUGUAAGCGAAGUCGAUUGUGGACGUAUUGAAGAGCCAGUCAAAUGUAGUAAUUGUCAUGAUGCUUAUAGCUUUCAAUUAAUUCAUAAUCGAUCAUUUUUUAUUGACAAACAAGUUGUUAAACUUCAAGAAAUUCCAGGAGAUAUGCCAGCCGGACAGACCCAACAUUCUGUCACUCUUUUUGUUCACGGCUCUCUUGUUGAAAGUGUUCAUCCCGGCGAUCGCUGUUCUGUAACUGGAAUAUAUAGAGCUACUCCAAUUCGUGUUAAUCCAUUGCAACGAACAGUUCAUUCAAUUUAUCGAACGAGCAUUGAUGUUAUUCAUUUUCGAAAACUUAGUCAAGACAGACUACAUGAGCCAACUGAUGGAUAA